GUUAACAAAUCUUACCCCCAAACCCAAUCUUCUUUGCCAAUAAUUUGGGAAGUCUUUGAGCUGACCAAACCAAAUAUGUUUCCUUUACAACGAUGCAAUGAACUGGCAAUCCCGUCAUCUAAUAGUCUCCACCACCACCCACAAAAUCACAAUAUCUCCCAAGAUCUGAUUCUUGAAGAUUGUGAUUCUCUUGUUGUUGAUUUUUCUCAUAAAAAAUUGAGUAGCAGCCGGCCACAAAAGGACUUAUUUUAUUCACCAGGAGUUGAUACUACAAAUCAUUGUAGUAAUCUUAAUUCUAUCAAAGAUAAUAAGAAGAAAAUGAUUCAUAAGGAGAUUGAGAAGCAAAGGAGACAAGAAAUGACAACCCUUCAUGCUUCCCUUAGAUCCCUUCUCCCUCUUGAAUUCAUCAAGGGAAAACGUUCUAUAUCUGAUCAAAUGAAUGAGGGAGUGAAUUACAUAAAUCACUUGAAGAAGAAUAUAAAAGAACUAAGUGCAAAAAGGGAUGAACUCAAAAGCCAUGCAUCAUGUAGGUUCAGUAUCCACAAGAAUAAUACAACUGUGGGAAUUGAAAUUAGUACUAGAGAAGAAGGGGUCCCUCUAUCAAAGUUGCUGGAGCAACUGCUAAAAGAGGGACUUGAUGUUGUUAGCUGCUUUUCAAUUCAAGUUAAUGGCAGAUUACUCCACAGUAUGCAGUGUGAGGUUGACAAUUCCAAGAGUGUAGAUCUAUCUGAGAUAAGAAGGAAAUUUUCCAAAAUUAAUCCAUCAUUUAAUUGUUCCGAUCAAGAUUUUAAAUAACGGUCGCGUAACUAUGUUGAAGGCAUGCCUAUUUAAAGUAAUUGAUAUAUUCAUGUUUUUGCCUUUUCUAACUGGCUGGUAAUAUAUUCUAUGUAGAGUGAGGUUGCUUGUGUGUAAUGUAAAUAUGGAAUCUCUUUGAUCUCUCUUUGGUUUAGAGAACCUUCACUGAUUGUGUUUGAACUUGAAACUGGUACAGAUUAGCAUUUUCUCUUGUUAUUUUUUUUCAAUUUUGUUGAGUUUAGCAUGAGGAAUGUUUCUUUUUUCUGCAAAGUUUAGUAAGAGAGAUGUUAGUGUUGCUAUAUGUAGAUUUUUUUCUAAGGUGUGAAACUUGUUUAAAACUUUUUUUAUUUG